UUCAAGGUUGCGUGGCGGUAAACCAAAUGUGGCAGAUCAAGUGUUUCGACUGAAGGUUAGCGUACAUUGAUUUGGUUUAUUGAAAUCUAAUGAUGAUCAGUCAUACAUUAGUGAUCGUGCCUAUUAUGUUAAAUCAUCAAUUUAUAGAGCCAAAAGCAUAUCUAUUUCGUGUGGGAAUUCAUGGUACCUUCACCUCACUAUUCAUAUAUGAAUAUGAGUAUACAAUUUAAAAAGUACAUACGUUCAUUGAAAUUGUACACUUAUCACCUCUUCGAGAAGUACGCUUGAAGGAUUGAUUUAGUAAAGAUGGAAACCUAUGAUGUGAAAUCAAACCAGUGUCAUGUUGGGAUUUUGUUCUGCAGUGAAUGCAACAACAUGUUGUAUCCUAAAGAGGAUAAGCGUACAAAAACAUUAUAUUACGCAUGUCGUAACUGUGAUUAUUCCCAGGAAGCAGACAAUCCCUGUGUUUAUAUCAACAAACUCGAACAGGAAGUUGAUGAAUUGGCUUUAAUUGUACCGGAUGUUGUUCAUGAUCCAACACUGCCUCGAACAGAAGAUCAUAUAUGUCGUCGAUGCGGUAAACAAGAAGCUGUAUUUUUUCAAUCACAGACAUUGAAAGCGGAAGAAAAUAUGCGUUUAUAUUAUGUUUGUACCAAUGUUGAAUGUUUACAUAAAUGGACUGAAUAGAUAAUCUUAUGAAAGUCCUGAAUAAUAAAUAAACUUGUAAAAAAAGUAUUAGGAACGUUUUGAAUUUGAGUCAUUUACAUAGAAUUUUACUUAUGUUCUUAUAAAUGGUCA